AGCCAUCCUGAUGGCUUUGGGGGCCUUGCUUCCAUUUUCCAUUAUUAUGUGGACUACCGGAGCGACAGCGCAGUCCAAGACCUUGCAGGAUGUCUCGCCGCAAGCAAGCGAAACCGAGAUCCCUCAAAGACCCCAACUGUGAACUUGAAGACAAGACUGAAGAUGGAGAGGCAGCGGACUGUAAGAAGAGGCCGGAAGAUGGUGAGGAGCUGGAAGACGAAGCCGUGCACAGCUGUGACAGCUGCUUCCAGGUGUUUGAGUCACUGAGCGACAUCACCGAACACAAGAUUAAUCGAUGUCAGCUGACAGAUGGAGUGGAUGUGGAAGAUGACCCCACUUGCUCCUGGCCAGCUUCCUCACCCUCGAGCAAGGACCAGACUUCCCCCAGCCACGGAGAAGGUUGCGAUUUUGGAGAGGAAGAAGGUGGCCCUGGACUCCCUUAUCCAUGCCAAUUCUGUGACAAGUCGUUCAGCCGUCUCAGCUACCUAAAGCACCAUGAGCAGAGUCACAGCGACAAGCUGCCUUUCAAAUGCACUUACUGCAGUAGGCUGUUCAAACACAAGCGGAGCCGAGAUCGCCACAUCAAACUCCACACCGGGGACAAGAAGUACCACUGCAGCGAAUGCGAUGCCGCGUUCUCCAGAAGUGAUCACCUGAAGAUCCACUUAAAGACUCACACGUCCAACAAGCCAUAUAAAUGUGCCAUUUGUCGCCGUGGGUUCCUGUCCUCUAGUUCCUUACACGGACACAUGCAGGUUCACGAAAGGAACAAGGACGGCUCCCAGUCCGGUUCCAGGAUGGAGGACUGGAAGAUGAAGGACACUCAGAAGUGCAGUCAGUGCGAGGAAGGCUUUGACUUCCCGGAAGACCUCCAGAAGCACAUUGCAGAGUGCCACCCUGAGUGCUCCCCGAACGAGGACCGGGCGGCCCUCCAGUGUGUCUACUGCCACGAGCUCUUUGUGGAGGAGACCUCCCUGAUGAACCACAUGGAGCAGAUGCACGGCGGGGAGAAGAAGAACUCCUGCACCAUCUGCUCUGAGAGCUUCCACACCGUCGAGGAACUGUACAGCCACAUGGACAGUCACCAGCAACCGGAGUCAUGCAACCACAGCAACAGCCCUUCCCUGGUCACGGUGGGCUACACCUCCGUGUCCAGCACAACUCCGGACUCCAACCUCUCAGUGGACAGCUCGACCAUGGUGGAAGCCGCCCCGCCAAUCCCCAAGAGUCGAGGGAGGAAGCGGGCCUCUCAGCAAACCCCGGACAUGACCGUCCCCUCAAGUAAACAGGCAAAAGUCACCUACAGCUGUAUUUACUGCAACAAGCAGUUGUUUUCGAGUCUGGCGGUUCUGCAGAUUCACCUGAAAACUAUGCAUUUAGAUAAGCCAGAGCAGGCCCACAUUUGUCAGUAUUGCUUGGAGGUACUGCCCUCCCUCUAUAACCUCAAUGAACACCUUAAGCAAGUGCACGAAGCUCAGGACCCAGGUCUGAUCGUUUCUGCCAUGCCUGCCAUAGUCUACCAGUGCAACUUCUGCUCCGAAGUUGUCAAUGACCUCAACACCCUUCAGGAACACAUCCGAUGUUCUCACGGAUUUGCCAACCCUGCGGCUAAGGACAGCAACGCUUUUUUCUGUCCCCAUUGCUACAUGGGGUUCCUCACUGACUCUUCCCUCGAAGAGCAUAUAAGGCAGGUCCACUGCGACCUCAGUGGCUCCCGAUUUGGGUCUCCAGUGCUCGGGACUCCAAAAGAACCAGUCGUAGAAGUCUAUUCUUGUUCCUAUUGUACGAAUUCUCCAAUAUUCAACAGCGUUCUUAAACUGAACAAGCACAUCAAAGAGAAUCAUAAAAACAUUCCCUUGGCCCUGAAUUAUAUUCACAACGGGAAGAAAUCCAGGGCCUUGAGCCCCCUCUCUCCUGUGGCCAUAGAGCAGACAUCUCUUAAGAUGAUGCAGGCCGUCGGAGGUGCGCCUGCGCGGCCGGUGGGAGAGUAUAUCUGUAAUCAGUGUGGUGCUAAGUACACGUCCCUGGACGGCUUUCAGACUCACCUGAAAACUCAUCUCGACACCGUGCUUCCGAAACUGACCUGUCCUCAGUGCAACAAGGAGUUCCCCAACCAAGAAUCCCUGCUGAAGCACGUCACCAUUCAUUUUAUGAUCACCUCCACGUACUACAUCUGCGAGAGUUGUGACAAGCAGUUCACGUCGGUGGACGACCUUCAGAAACACCUGCUGGACAUGCACACCUUCGUCUUCUUCCGCUGCACCCUGUGUCAAGAGGUUUUCGACUCGAAGGUCUCCAUUCAGCUCCACUUGGCCGUGAAGCACAGUAACGAGAAGAAGGUCUACCGCUGCACGUCCUGCAACUGGGACUUCCGCAACGAGACAGACCUGCAGCUGCACGUGAAGCACAACCACCUGGAGAACCAGGGCAAAGUGCACAAGUGCAUCUUCUGCGGCGAGUCCUUCGGCACCGAGGUGGAGCUGCAGUGCCACAUCACCACCCACAGCAAGAAGUACAACUGCAAGUUCUGCAGCAAAGCCUUCCACGCCAUUAUCCUGCUGGAGAAGCACCUGCGGGAGAAGCACUGCGUGUUCGACGCCAAGACGCCCAACUGCGGCGCCAACGGGGCCUCGGAGCAGGCACAGAAGGAGGAGGUGGAGCUGCAGACCCUGCUGACCAACAGCCAGGAGUCGCACAACAGCCACGACGGGAGCGAGGAGGACGUGGACACCUCGGAGCCCAUGUACGGCUGCGACAUCUGCGGGGCGGCCUACACCAUGGAGACCCUGCUGCAGAACCACCAGCUGCGGGACCACAACAUCCGGCCUGGGGAGAGUGCCAUCGUGAAGAAGAAAGCCGAGCUCAUCAAAGGCAACUACAAGUGCAACGUGUGCUCUCGAACCUUCUUCUCGGAAAACGGCCUCCGGGAACACAUGCAGACCCACCUGGGCCCCGUCAAACACUACAUGUGCCCCAUCUGUGGGGAGCGCUUCCCCUCCCUCUUGACUCUGACCGAACACAAAGUCACGCACAGUAAGAGCCUCGAUACCGGAAACUGCCGCAUCUGCAAGAUGCCGCUGCAGAGCGAAGAGGAGUUUCUAGAGCAUUGCCAGAUGCACCCCGACCUGAGGAAUUCCCUGACGGGAUUUCGCUGUGUGGUCUGCAUGCAGACGGUGACCUCCACCUUAGAACUCAAAAUCCACGGGACGUUCCACAUGCAAAAGACAGGCAACGGGUCUGCGGUCCAGACCACGGGGCGUGGCCAGCACGUCCCCAAACUGUACAAGUGCGCGUCCUGCCUCAAGGAAUUCCGUUCCAAGCAAGAUCUGGUGAAACUUGACAUCAACGGCCUGCCAUAUGGUCUGUGUGCCGGCUGCGUGAAUCUCAGUAAGAGCGGCAGCCCGGGCAUCAGCAUCCCUCCCGGCACGAGUAGACCAGGCCUGGGCCAGAAUGAGAACCUGAGUGCCAUGGAGGGUAAGGGCAAGGCCGGGGCGCUGAAGACGCGCUGUUCCAGCUGCAACGUUAAGUUUGAGUCUGAAAGUGAACUCCAGAACCACAUCCAAACGGUCCACCGAGAGCUGGUGCCAGACGGCAACAGCACACAGUUGAAAACGCCGCAAGUAUCGCCCAUGCCCAGAAUCAGCCCCUCCCAGUCGGAUGAGAAGAAGACCUACCAGUGCAUCAAGUGUCAGAUGGUUUUCUACAAUGAAUGGGACAUUCAGGUGCAUGUUGCAAAUCACAUGAUUGAUGAAGGACUGAACCAUGAGUGCAAACUCUGCAGCCAGACCUUCGACUCCCCUGCCAAACUCCAGUGCCACCUGAUCGAGCACAGCUUUGAAGGGAUGGGCGGUACCUUCAAGUGUCCUGUCUGCUUUACAGUGUUUGUUCAAGCAAACAAGUUGCAGCAGCAUAUUUUCUCUGCCCAUGGACAAGAAGACAAGAUCUAUGACUGCACACAAUGUCCACAGAAGUUUUUCUUCCAAACAGAGCUGCAGAGUUGACGACAGAUGGCCAUCUCCGAACUGCCAUCAGUGAGACCUUAUGGAGCAUUCAGCUAGUGUGUACUGAAGAGCACCGCGGCCAGUGCUGCAGCUCCCUCCCCUCCCCCACCCCCUGGAAAUGUUCAUCACCUCUGCCACAUUCCACUUUGGCUGGGCUCUGCUGGCCCUGCCGGCUCCUGUGUCACCAAGACAGCCUGCUACCACAGCACCGGAAGAUCUGCCUCUGUUAGGAGCGAGAAACUGCGGGCACAGUCGUCCUGCAAAGACAGCACUCUGAUUCAGCACCUUUGCAGGCAGAUCCUUGGGUGAGAGCUGGACCUCCACAUUUCUAGAACAUUCCGCAAUCCAGGGAGGCGCGUUGAAGUCCCCCGUGUGUUCCUGUUUUAGAUGUUUGCUCUACAUGUGGAUACGUCUCCUCACAUUAGCAGAGACACAAUGCCAGGAAUAGACUCUUUGUGUUUACAGAUUUCGAUCGGACUCUUGGAAAGCACCACUUCCGUAUCCACCUGCUGUGGCAGUUAGAGUUAGAGAGAAGGUAGUCAUGGGCUUCAAUGCUCAAGCCCCUGAAAUGGGCAGAGAAUCCACUGCAGCAUCCUCUGACCCGUCCAUGGGGCAAUCCCUUGGCCAGCCGCAUGAAGUGAGCUGUUGCUGCACAUUUGGAGAAAGAUUGAUAGUUUGUUCUUCACUGAGUUUGCUAAGGCCAGGCGGCUUCAGAGCCAUGCGUGUAUUUUCAGAGGAAUUCACAUUUGUAUCCUUUAUUGUUAUAUUUGCAGCGAAUCUACAGCUCAUAACAGGCUCUGCCCCGCAGCUAUGAAGGAGUGAGUUCCCCUCAUUGGGGAGAGAGUGGUGUUCUGUGAAAGCCCGAGAUGUGGCGGGUGAGAUGAAUAGUGCUUAAAAGCGGUGCUCGCGGUGCUGUCAUCUAGAACAGCAACUCCGAAGCUUUAAACGGGAGUGAAAGGCAGGGUAAACGAGUCCUUUCAAAGUGGUGAAAUUUUAAACUGCCUAAA